CACGUGUUUCACUGGGACAAUAGUAGGUGGUGCACACUUCCUUCGCCCGGCCACAGAAGACAAAAAAGAGUUGCUGGUGUAACAAUAGGAAGAAUAUAUUCCACUCCUCUCUUGUACACGCGGCUUAUGAGACGUCUGUGAAGAACAUCUUCUCUCUGAGCAACAGAAGUGGAGCUUCAGGAUGGGCAAGGAGGAGCCACAGCCCUUCCACAUUAAGGAGGAAGAGAAGGCGCCACAUACAUUGCAAAUGCAAAGGGAAGAAAAUAACCCACUGACCUCGCAUUUUAAAGAGGAAGAGGAGGAACACAGCAUCAGUCAAGAAUGGUUGGAGAAGUUCCAUUUGAUUGUGAAGAGUGAAGAUGAUGAGGUGAAAGGUGAAAGUGAGGAGAGGGGAGGGGGGGAGCCUCCAAGCAGCAGCUCAACACAACACAUGACAACAGAAGCUGAUGGAGACCACUGUGGAGGAUCACAAGCAGACAAGCUCUUAGCUCCACUAUCAGAUAGUGAGGACACAACGUCACACUCUCCUGACACUGAUGAUGAAGACUCUAAAGAUGAUAAGACAUGUCACACUGACAACACUCACUUCGCAUGUUCUCACUGUCACAAAACUUUUAAGUACCAUUGUCGUCUGGUAAGACACAUGAGAACACACACUGGAGAAAAACCUUUUUCAUGUUCAAUCUGUCGUAAAUGUUUUACUUUAAAGCACAAUUUCAAAGUACACAUGAGAAUACAUACUGGAGAACAACCUUUUUCCUGCUCAGUAUGUGGUAAAAGAUUUGUAUUAAAUCAAAGUUUAAAACUACACAUGACAACACACACUGGAGAAAAACCUUUUUCAUGUUCAAUUUGCGGUAAAGAUUUUACUCAAAAGCACAAUUUUAAAGCACACAUGAGAACACACACUGGAGAAAAACCUUUUACAUGUUCAAUCUGCGGUAAAGAUUUUACUCAAAGGUACCAAUUCAAAGCACACAUGAGAAUACACACGGGAGAGAAACCUUUUUCCUGCUCAGAAUGUGGUAAAAGUUAUGUCAUAAAUCGAAGUUUAAAAGUACACAUGAGAACACACACAGGUGAGAAAGUGUUGAGUUGCAGUGUGUGUGGUGAAAGAUUGUCUUCUAAGUACCAGUGUAAGAAACACAAGUGUGCUGGUGAGAACAGCAGCAGCAAAUGAAACUGCAGGAUUUGAAAUAAACUGUAAAAACUUUAAGUUUAAGUAACAUCAGCACAAGUAACAUGUGUGACAUAAUAAUUUGGAACAACAUAUGCUGCCAUUUAAGCGCCAUCUUUUUCAUGGACACCCCUGUUUAUUUCAGCAAGACAAUGCCAAGCCACAUUCAACAUAUGUUACAACAGCGUGGCUUGGUAAAACAAAGAGUGCGGGUACUUUCCUGGCCUGCCUGCAGUCCAGACCUGUCCCAUGGAAAAUGUGUGGCGCAUUAUGAAGCGUAAAAUACAACAGCGGAGACCCUGGACUGUUGAACGACUCAAACUCUACAUAAAACAAGAAUGGGAAAGAAUUCCACUUUCAAAGCUUCAACAAUUUUCCUCAGUUCCUAAACGUUUAUUGAGUGUUGUUAAAAGAAAAGGUGAUGUAACACAGUGGUGAACAUGCCCUUUCCCAACUACUUUGGCACGUGUUGCAGCCAUGAAAUUUUAAGUUAAUUAUCUUCAAAAAAAUAAUAAAAAUUAUGAGUUUGAACAUCAAAUAUCUUGUCUUUGUAGUGCAUUCAAUUGAAUAUGGGUUGAAAAGGAUUUGCAAAUCAUUGUAUUCUGUUUUUAUUUACCUCUAACACAAUUUCCCAACUCAUAUGGAAACAGGGUUUGUAUGUCCCUGGACCUUUAUGCAAUAAACAAUGUAUGAUUCAAAUACAAUUGGGUACAAUAAAUGUAGUUAAUAUUUG